AAUUCCAAUUUUAAUGCUCUCUCGAAUAGGGGAAACAUACUACCAAUGUAAUUCGAUAUGUGAAUGAUAGAUAAUCAGUAGCUCCAACAAUAACGAACAUAUCGAAGUUUCCACAUCAGUCAAGCAAAGUCGAAGGCGACGAUAACUGAACAAGCGGAAGACCACGAUUGCCUUCCUCCUCACUCCCCCUUCUCUUCUCUCCCCCUUGGAGGAAUAAUAGCUCUCCCCCAACUCCAUUCGUCUUUGACCUCCUGCCGAGGAGGAGGCUUAAAUGAACUAUCCUCUGGGAACUGCUGUUGUUACUCCGACUUUGUCCACUCCAGAUUCUUCCUCCGCCCCUGAAAUCUCCACUUCUCCUCCACUCGACUGAUUCCCAUUUCCCUCUUCGUCGUCACCUACUUGUAACUACUCCUCCUCCUCCUCAUCCCCCUCCUCUCCUCUCCUCAUUCUCCUUAUACGCCUCACCAAUUAGCCAACACUUCUUCCCCAUCAGAAGUCCCCUCCUCUUCCACCAUGGUCAUUGCCAAGCCUUACGGUAAUAUCGAAUCAAAAGUCUCAUCCUCCUCUUCUCCUUCCACACCUUCCUCCUCUUCACUCCCAUCAUUUUCCCCUUCUGCCUUCUUCCCUCCCUCGAAACUCCACUCACGGACGUUGCUGCCGCCUUCCAUUUUCGAAAAAGAAAGAAGAACGAGAAUUUCUACGAGAGUUCUACAGAUCCUUCUGUUCGUCGUUUUCUGUUCGGAAGUCUGCGAUGGAAGUAAGCCGAAAAUCCCACGAACUCGACUGUCUUUGGAGGACAUUCUGCCAGAGAACCGGUCGACGUAUGACAAGAUGGUUCCUCCCAAAGUCGACGGGGAGCCAACCAAAGUCUUCUUCCAUGUGACAGUGAUGAGCAUCGAUUCUGUGAACGAGAAUUCAAUGAGUUAUGGAAAUGAUUUGGACAUCUAUUCUGAGAACACCGUGAGCAGCUUAAAUCUUCAGACUGGAAUGUAUUCAGGGACCUUUGCAACAGACAUAUUUUUCGCCCAGACUUGGAAAGACCACAGACUCCGCCUGCCAGCGAAUAUGACCAAGGAAUACAGACUUUUAGAUCUGGACUGGCUCGACGAGAUUUGGCGCCCGGACAGCUUCUUCAAGAACGCCAAAGAGGUCAACUUUCAGACGAUGACUAUUCCGAACCACUACAUGUGGCUUUAUCAAGACUUUACUAUCCUGUACAUGGUGAAAUUGACGUUAACUCUCUCCUGCGCAAUGAACUUCGCCAUUUACCCACACGACACCCAGGAGUGCAACAUGCAGAUGGAGAGCUUAUCUCACACCACCGACGACCUGGUGUUCGUCUGGGACCCUCAAAUCCCGUUAGUGGUUGACGAAGGGAUCGAACUUCCCCAGCAGAUGAUUCUGAGCAACACGACGGCUGAGUGUACUCAAGUCUAUUCGACAGGUAACUUCACGUGCCUGGAAGUGGUGUUCAAACUGAAGCGGCGCCUGGGACACUUCCUCUUCCACACGUACCUUCCGACCUGCCUCAUCGUUAUCAUGUCGUGGGUAUCAUUCUGGAUACGUCCGGAGAUUGCACCCGCCCGCGUUACACUCGGAGUGACGUCCCUCCUGACGCUAUCAACGCAGCACGCCAAGUCCCAGGCAGCGCUACCGCCCGUAACGUACAUGAAAGCCAUUGACGUUUUCAUGUCUUCCUGUACUGUGUUUGUGUUCAUGGCGCUGAUGGAAUACGCCGUUGUGAGCAUCCUCCUCGACGAUGAAAACACCAAGAAGAAACAAAAGCGCUUGAAGAUACCGCCUCCCCCUCCCCCACCGAAUCUCAGCGCCCUGAAAUGCGACAGCGCUUUCCUCAAGGAAAUGGGAGGACGCAUCCCCGAGAAUAUCCUGAGAUUCCCAAGUGAUCCCUCCUCCAACCAAGCCUACGCCAAAAACCUGGAAGCUAAGGCCCGCAGAGCCCGAGCCUUGAUGAUGGACCGCGGUUCCCGCUACAUUUUCCCAAUUUCCUUCACUGUCUUGAACUGCAUCUAUUGGAUUACAUUUUGGCAGUAUCUGUAAAGGAUCUUCCUCGAAUUCAGCGGGAUGUCUUUUGAGAAUAACACAGGAGCCCUGUACUUAAUACUGAAAAUACUCUUUAGUGUUUAAAAUUUUGAGAUAUGUUUCAGUUGCUGAUUUUUUUCUUAUUUUAAUUCGGGCUGAAAAUCUUAAUUUUUUUUUUCUUCAAUUCUCUUAGAUCCUUUCAAUCGGAUACCAACGAACUUGUUUAUUUAUUGCUUAGAGAUGUAUAACUCUCAUAAAUGCAGCAAGUUGUAUAACAAAUAAUAAAAUUUUAAUGUCU